AUGAAAGUCACAAUGUGCUCUACCGAUGCUUUCGCCCUUUCGAACUAUGUAUCUAUUGCUCCCGGUCAAAUUCAACCCAAAGAUCACUAUGUUAUUGUGAACGAUCAAUUUGUGUUCUCUGUCAGAUCCGAUAAUACCAUGCAAAAAGGGUUCCUGGCUACGAACAACAUGCAUCGUCGCUGGGCUCAGUUCUCGCUUAAUCAAGAGGUGGUGGUAGCGCCUUACGAUCCAUUCUCCGAAGGCAUGGAUAUCUAUCUUGCUUCCCUGAAAGUGGAAGUCGGGUUCUUGCGCAAGAGCACUCAAAUGACGGAUGACUUUGAUACCGAAGAAAUGGCUAAAGCUUUCUCCCUGACUUUCCAUAACCAAAUUUUCACCGUUGGUCAAAUGCUUGUCUUUGAAUAUCAAGGCGUGAAUUUAGCUUGCAAGAUUGUCGAACUGGAAGUGGUAGAAUUGGAAAAGUUAAAGAGCGGUCUCAAGGGUGAAAUCGAUUCUCGAGCAGAGAGCCAUUCCAACGCGGAACGCGGUGUACUGAUGAACCAGACUGUUGUUCAUUUUGGUAAAUCCGGUGAUUCCACCAUCCGUUUGAAAGGUGCCAAGAAAAGUUCGCAAGCCAAAGCUUUGAUUCGAGCCGAUUUCAAGUUUGAGGAUCUGGGUAUUGGUGGUUUGGAUGCGGAAUUCAGCGCAAUUUUCCGCCGUGCUUUUGCUUCACGUAUUUUCCCACCGUCGAUUGUCGAGAAGCUUGGUGUGCAGCACGUGAAAGGUCUCUUGUUGUAUGGUCCUCCCGGUACCGGCAAAACAUUGAUGGCUCGACAGAUUGGUAAAAUGUUGAAUGCUCGCGAUCCAAAGAUCGUCAGCGGUCCUGAGGUUUUGAGCAAAUUUGUCGGUCAGAGUGAAGAAAACGUGCGUAAACUCUUUGCGGAUGCCGAAGCAGAAUAUAAAUCCAAGGGCGAAGACUCAGGCUUGCAUAUCAUCAUUUUCGAUGAAUUGGAUGCUAUCUGUAAGCAACGUGGUAGCCGCGGUGACAGCACCGGUGUCGGUGACUCGGUCGUCAAUCAAUUGCUCGCCAAGAUGGAUGGUGUGGAACAACUGAACAAUAUCCUGAUUAUCGGUAUGACCAAUCGCAAGGAUAUGAUCGAUGAGGCUUUACUUCGUCCAGGUCGUCUGGAAGUACACAUGGAAGUCGGUCUGCCUGAUGAAAAGGGUCGCGUACAAAUCUUGAAGAUUCACACCAACAAGAUGCGACAAAAUAAUAUUCUGGACAGCGAUGUAUCAUUGGAAGAGCUGGCCGAUUUGACCAAGAAUUAUAGUGGUGCUGAAAUUGCUGGUGUGGUCAAAGCAGCAUCGUCCUAUGCAUUUUCGCGUCACAUCAAGGUUGGUACAGUCGCAGGUGUAGCACCAGAUGUUGAGAACAUGAAAGUCCAAAUGGAAGACUUUUUGGCAGCUUUGGAAGAAGUACCUCCAGCUUUUGGUGUUUCCGAGACAGAAUUGCAGCAAUGUGUCCAAAACAGCAUCAUUCCUUUUGCACCGCAUAUUGAGCAAAUCUUGGCAGAUGGCAAACUAUACGUUGAUCAAGUACGCCAGUCGACUCGCACACCUCUUGUUAGUCUUUUGCUUCAUGGCCCAGCUGGUAGUGGUAAAACGGCUUUGGCAGCUACUGUUGCCAUGGAGAGCGAGUUCCCCUUCAUCAAAUUGAUCUCGCCGGAAACCAUGGUUGGUAUGACGGAAAGUGCUAAAAUCAACGAAAUCAACAAGGUGUUUAAUGACUCGUAUAAAUCUCCCCUGAGUGUCAUUGUAAUCGAUAACAUCGAGCGAUUAUUGGAUUGGGUACCUAUUGGUCCUCGCUUUUCGAACGCUGUCCUGCAAACCUUGCUGGUACUUUUGCAGAGAAAGCCGCCAAAGGACCGACGCUUGCUUAUACUGGCGACAACAACACAACGACACAUCUUGGAUCAAAUGGAUAUGGCCGAUGCUUUCGAUUCUGAGAUCUAUGUGCCUACCAUCACCUCAUUGGAGGGUGUGGAUAUUGUACUUCAGCAACUUGGCCUGUUUACCGACGAGGAACGUAAGCGCACUUUAUCCAUCUUGUCAGAUGCGAAGAUGGACGAAAAAUUGGCCAUUGGUAUCAAGAAAUUGCUUAUGAUUAUUGAAAUGGCAAGACAAGAUGCAGACAAGAUAGAGAAGUUUGUCAAUACCCUCCUCUCUUUGAAGUAA